AUGGAUAUGCGAAUCGACAGCGAGGUUACUGAAAAUCUGAACACCACACACUUUGGCAUAACUGCUGAUUUGAAAGAUUGCGUUUCUAAUACAGCAGCUACAGAUUCUAGCCUAGACAUGGUUACACAAACGUUUAUUGAAACAAGUGAUUUGGGUGAAAAUGAUGGUAAAGGUACACACAGUUUAACAACAACAACUUUUAUCUGUGACAAAGAUGGCACAUGUGCAAAUGCUGUAUCAGCAGCUUGUGAAACAAGUGUAUUCUGUGAAAAAGACGGCAUAGGUGCAAACGCUGUUUCAACAUUUCUUGAAACAAGUGUAAUCCAUGAAAGAGAUGCCACAGGUGCAAACGCUGUUCUUACAUUUCCUGAAACAAGUGUAAUCCAUGAAAAAGAUGGCACAGGGGCAACUGCUAUUCCAACAAUUCCUGAAACAAGUGCAAUGUGUGUAAACAAUGGUACAGGAACAAAUACUAUUUCGACAAUUCCUAAAGUAGAUGUAAUCUGUGAAAAAGAUGGCAAAUGUUCAAAGACUGUUCAGACAAUUCCUGCAACAAGUGUAAUCUUUGAAAAAGAUGGUUCAGAUGCAAACACCGUUUCAACAGGUUAUUUCUGUGAAAAAUAUGGUGCAGCAGUAAACAAAGCACCAACAGUUACCGAAACAAGUAUUUUGAUCGAAAAUGAGUGUACAUGUUCAAAUGCUAUUUCAACAGUUACAGAAACAAGUUUUUUGGGUGAUGUUACAACUGAAUUCUUAGAUAUUUCAACAGGAUUUGUGGAUUCUGUGGAAACCAGACUGGACAAGGAUGAAAAUGAAAAUGAUAUUAAAGCUAAGCUUACUGGAAAAAACUCAAGAAAGAGUAUGGGUUCUUCUGAUAAUUUAGUUGCAGAGCAACCACCAGUUAAAAAAGGGUUUACACAGUUGGAUGCUAAUACUGACAACUUAAAUGUAAGGUUUGGAGACUUCAAAUUAUUGGAAAAAAUAGGGGAGGGUGGUUUUGGUGAGGUUUACAAAGGUGAAUAUUUGGGAACAGAUAUUGCAGUGAAGAAAGUUAAGAUAAAACGCAUGAAAGUUGUGAAACAGUCAGUGUUGCAAGAAGUUGUCACAAACAGUCAUCUUAGGCAUCCAAACAUUGUUCUACUGAUGGGUUACUCAAUCAAUACUGACUGUCUCUAUCUUCUCACAGAGUUCAUUGCAGGUCCAAAUUUGGAUGAUGUGCUUUUUGCUGACAAUGAGUACGAAUUUACUGUGCCUCAAAAACAUGCAGUGGCAUUGCAAGUAUGUCAGGGUGUAGCAUAUUUACAUAAUCAUAAUCCAAUAGUUAUUCACAGAGACAUUAAGCCUGAAAACAUUUUGCUGACGAGAAAUUUGGAAACGGCAAAACUUUGUGACAUGGGAUUGUCUAAGGUGAAGGUAAUGAAUACCAUGACCAAAACAGUUGCAGAUCGCAGAGAGACACAGCCAGGAACUCCAGCUUAUCAAGCUCCAGAGAUUCUUCUGCAAGCUAGGAGAGGCAGAACACAAGCAGAUGUUUGGAGCCUCUGUUGUUCAUUAGUUGAGCUCUUUACUGCCAAAACCAUAUGGGACUUGACCAGUGAGGAUGAUGAAAAUGACGACUCUGUCCAGGUUAUAAUCCGGGCAAUGCAAAGAAAGGAUAUGCCACAUGGGUUAAGUAAUUUAGACAGGGAGCAUACCCUUUCAGUGCAGCUGAAGGCUGUUAUUCAGAAGGGCUUAUCAUACCAGAUUGAGGACAGACCGACAGCAUUAGACUUUGUAGUUGCGCUAAAACAUGAACUUUAA